AAACCCUUUCCCUCGCCUAUGAAAUGUUUCUGAUAACUUUUUUUGAGCAAUAAAAACUCCAGUCCAUUACUUUCCGACCGCAACCACAGCCAGUUCAGAGGAGUUAUCUGUUGCACGACCACCUUGAGGUGAUCAGACCAGAAGUGAUAAGCAUUUGAUUUAAAGGAGAACUAAUAAAGCACUGUGAUUUUUGGACCGCAAUCUGCACAUCAACAUCUGAGCUUUGGAAAACAUGGUGCAAAACAAGAUCACUGAAGUAACUGGAUUCCAUCGCUCCUUUAAGGGGCAAGACCCUUUCAAGACAGAUGAAUUCAUAGAUUCGGAUUCCCAUUUUGAGUCGUCCUUCGCGUUGGAGCGCUCAACAAGGCCUGACAUGCCAUCCAGCCAGCCCAUCGAUAUCCCUGAUGCCAAGAAGAGAAAUAAGAAGAAAAAGAGAUGCAGAGCAACUGACAGUUUCUCAGGACGUUUUGAAGAUGUUUACAAACUACAGAAUGAGGUCCUUGGAGAAGGGGCUUAUGCUGUUGUACAGACCUGCAUCAAUCUGAUCACCAAUAAAGAAUACGCAGUUAAGAUAAUUGAGAAGAGGCCAGGCCACAGUCGGAGCCGUGUCUUCAGGGAGGUGGAAAUGCUGUACCAGUGUCAGGGCCACAGAAACAUUUUGGAACUGGUAGAAUAUUUUGAGGAAGAGGACAAAUUUUAUUUAGUCUUUGAGAAACUGAGAGGCGGUUCGAUCUUGACUCACAUACACCGAAGACAACACUUCAAUGAGCAGGAAGCCAGCAUAGUGGUGCAGGACAUCGCCAGCGCACUGGACUUCCUUCACAACAAAGGGAUGGCACAUCGAGACCUAAAGCCAGAGAACAUCCUCUGUGAACACAGUGACAGGAUUUCUCCAGUGAAGAUCUGUGAUUUUGACUUGGGAAGUGGGAUCAAGUUAAAUAGUGACAGCUCUCCCAUCUCCACCCCUGAACUCUUGACUCCGUGUGGCUCAGCUGAAUACAUGGCCCCAGAAGUGGUGGAGGCCUUUAAUGAAGAAGCCAGCAUCUACGACAAGCGCUGUGACCUGUGGAGCCUUGGAGUCAUCCUCUACAUUAUGCUGAGUGGAUACCCGCCAUUUGUGGGUCGCUGUGGGACAGACUGUGGCUGGGAUUGGGGAGAGCCCUGCCAAGCCUGCCAGAGCAUGCUGUUUGAGAGUAUUCAGGAAGGCAAGUAUGAGUUUCCAGAGAAAGACUGGGCACACAUCUCCCCUGCAGCCAAAGACCUCAUCACCAAACUAUUGGUACGGGAUGCCAAAGACCGCCUCAGUGCUGCCCAAGUCCUGCAGCACCCAUGGGUCAAAGGGUGUGCACCCAACACUGUUUCUGCAUCCAUACUACAUCAGAGGGGCGGCAGCGCUCAGGACCUGACGUUCUUUGCGGGGCAGGCCGUAGCCAUGAACCGGCAGCUGGCGGAGAGGGAGGAGAGCGAGGAUCUGUCUCUGUCCUCUCCUCUUCUCUCCAGCAGCUCCGGCUCCAUGCUCUUGUCUCCUCCAUCCAGGUCCAAGCUGGCCCACCGCAGAAAGACCGCCAGCAGUCAGCACAGAGGACCAGUGUGUGCUGCUGAACUCCGCCAGCUCCUCGCCCCGCUCGUGAUCGUGGGCGACUGUGCCUGAUUAUCAUGACCUUCACCAGCCUUCGAUCUCCACUGUCGACCUCUAUAUGAAUCUUCGACUAGGCAGUAUGUUGAUCUCAGACCUCUCUGCCCACUUGUUCGUGGAUCUAAAGCUCAUGUGGGAAGGACUCGCAUGCUUGUAGCACUUAAAGCACCUCAAAAGCCCCCGCAAACAAAGUUUUGAUUGGGUAAAAAGGCUGUUGUGGCUGGAAAGAGACUUGUUGACGUCUGAGAGUCCCAGGAAUCUGUCAAUAUAUAACAAUGUUUACAUAAAACCUUAAACCAAAGGAUUUAAGCUGCUUUCAUUUGGUACCCCACCUAAAUCAUUUACCUUCAAAGCAUCAGGAAAAAUAACUUCUGCUGUUUGCCUUUUGUGCUCACGUCAGGACCCCAGGAGCAGCUGAAUGAAUUGUAUUUCUACAGUUUUGGGGGUUUUAUUUAUCCUCUACUGUGACUAAUUUUGCAUCAACUGUUGCUCGAACUUAAGUAGAAUGCGAUUUGAUUUAUUCAAGUCAUUCAGGGCAGAAAUGGUAGCCAUUUUGUGUGGGGUUUUGCAAUCCUGAUUCUAUUUAUCAAGAACCUCAUGUAACCAAAUUUCAAUCCACCGCUUUACUGUAAUGACACUUGAUUCUGCCCAAAACAAAGCUGAGCUGAAACCUCAGAAUGAAGAACCAGAGCAGAUCUUACAGCAGGAAGACACAUUCUGUGUAAAUGAACUGGCGUCUUACAUUUAGUUUUGUCCUUGUGCUGGAAAGUUUGCCACUUUCAUGGAGCAGUGCAGCACAGCUUCUGUAUUUGGCUUCUCAGGAAAACAGGAAUUGGUUGCACAAUCAUAUUUCCUCCCUUUAUGUCCUGAAUCGCCAUGCCAUUGGGGUUUUAAGUAACUGACAGAGGUGCAUUUCCAACACCCUUUUCACCAUUCAUUCAGUCAAUGACCAUAUUCACUGUUUGAAUAAAGGUGAUCAUUCCGUCAAAAGA